AUGUGUCGAACACUCAAAGCUGCUUUCAAUUUGAAGUGUCGGUGUGACAUAGAUUGUCACAAAGAGUAUCGAGUCAUCACAAGUGCUUACUAUCAUGGGGCAGUUGGUGCACUUCUUGUAUAUGAUGUUACACGCCAUGCAACAUUUGAGAACGUCGACGGAUGGCUGAAAGAACUGCGAAACCACACAGAUUCCAACAUUGUUGCUGGUGGGCCAUUCUAUCCAGUUUUAACAGGCAGACGAGAUAGCCUGCAAUCUUUUUUCCAGGAGGCAACGGAUCAGAUUCCAAGGCCUGACGAUAACAUUAUGCACACACUGCACCUCUUCAAUCUUAGAGGAUUCAACGCACGGGAAACAGUCAGCCUCCUUGGAGGACACAACAUUGGAAAAAUCGGUUGCGAUUUCGUUCAGCAAAGGCUGUACGACUUUCAAGGAACAGGGCAACCAGACCCAAGUAUACCUCUCGAUUUUCUCAGUCAGAUGAGGCUAAACUGUCCUGACAACAGUAAGAAUAAUAUCAGCAGCAACGGCACGUUUUCGACGUUUACAAUUUCAAAGAAAAUGAAUGUUCAUCACUCUAGUAGUGACAAAGGGAUGUCAUACAUGCAAGCAUUGUCAUCUGCAGUGCCAUCUGGAGCAUCUUUUGACACUCACUACUAUCAGAGUUUGUUGAGAGGAAGAGGGUUAUUGUUUGCUGAUCAACAGCUGAUGGCUCAAGAGAAGACUGCCAGAUUGGCUGCUUAUGCUUCAGAUGACGGAUCAACCUUUCGGAUGGAUUUCGCAAGGGUUAUGUUGAAAUUGUCUAACCUUGAUGUUUUGACUGGAAAUCAAGGUCAGGUUCGUCUGAAUUGCUCCCAUCUUGUAAGCUCUUAAGUGAGUCGGUUCAUAUAUUUCAUUCUGGUUUAGCAAAUUUGUUCUCUUCCUAUGUAAGUUUCUCACACAUAUUUUAGGGUGGUUUUGGCCAUGUAAAGUGACAGCUAUUAUAGUUAGUUUUUAUUUGAAAAGUAAAGCCUGUGACAAGUUAUAGUUAGUUCUUUUAGUUUAAGCCAGUAGAAUAUAGAUAAUCUGUUAUAAUCCAGCUAAACCUUUUUAUGUAACAAAACAAGUUUUGCUUUCGUUUUUCUUUCUAGUUUCGGCAUGAAAACUCUGAGAACGUACAUUUGACACUUUCCAACUAUAUAUGAUAUGAUAGUGAAGAAA